AUGGUCGUCGCGACGCAUCGCGCGCUCGUCGCUCGCCUCGCGCCGCGCCUGGCCCGCGCGCGUCUCGCGCCCGCGACCGGCGCGCGAUUGCCCGCGACGAGAGAGCCGAUUUCCGAGGGUUUCGUCGCGUCGCGAGGGGGCGCGUCGUGCCGUACCGCCGGCGCCGCGCGGACCCUCGCGUGGACCACCGCGCCGAGUUCCGCGUCAUCCACACGGGGGCCCGCGCUCUUCCGCGCGCGCGCGUCGCACCGCGCGCGGCAUCCUCGGCCGCGCGGCGUCCUCGCGACGCCGCUCCGCGCGUCCGCCGAUGGACCCGCCGCCGCACCCGCGCAUCCUCCCUCCGCGCGCGAGAUAUCGUCCUCCGCCGUCGUGUGCUACGGCAAGCCCGCGCCGGGCGUCAACGUCACGCACCAGCUCAUCACCUUCUUCAGGUUCACCGAGCUGAAGGACCCGAACGCGGAGGUGGAGGCGCACCACGCGUACAUCGCGGAGAACAAACUCGAAGUCCGCGGACGAAUCUACGUCAACGAGCAGGGCAUCAACGCGCAGAUGAGCGGUAAGGGAACCGACGGCGAGACCUACGCGCGCUGGGUCGAAUCCCGCCCGGGUUUCACCGGCAUGCGCAUCAGCGUCUACCCCACCGACGCCCACGGCCACCCGAAGCUGUCGCUGCGCUACAAGCCGCAGCUGGUGCAACUGGAAGGGGGCACCGCGCACCUCCCGCUGCACGACCCGAACGCGAGGGCGAAGCCGCUGAAGCCGACGGAGUGGCACGAGAUGCUCGGCAAGGUGAUCGAGCGGCAAGUGGACGCGCCGGUGCUCCUGGACGUUCGCAACGGGUACGAAUGGGACGUCGGUCACUUUAAAGGCGCGCAGCGUCCGGUGCAGGAGUCCUUUCGCGAGACUGUGGAGACAAACGUGGACGACGUCGUCGGCCCUCUCUCGGGAGUGGACAAGGAUAAGCCCAUCAUGAUGUACUGCACGGGGGGGAUCCGGUGCGACGUGUACAGCACGGUGCUGAAACAGCAGGGGUACUCCAACGUGUUCACGCUCGAGGGCGGAGUCCAGGCGUACUUUGAGGAAUUCGGAGAGCGGGAGGAUCAGCGGUGGGACGACCACCUGUUCGUCUUCGACAGCCGGCUGGCGAUGACCCCGGGGGGUUUACCCGCCUCCGAAGCCGGCGCCGAGGCCGCGACGCUGGAGUGCUACUGCUGCAAGGAGGGAAAAGCGCCGCCGCCGCACAGGAACUGCCCGAACGUCGACUGCAACAGGCUGUUUCUGGUGUGUCCGGCGUGCACGUCGAAAUACGGCGGUUUUUGCUGCCCCGAGUGCGGCAAGGCUUCGCACGUCCGCCCGGCGCUCUUACAGCCGGGGCGGUACCAGCGGUACGUUCACUACACGGAGGGUGAGGCGAUGUCGCGCGCCUCGCGGCGCGGGCCCGGGCGGCAGCAGAGACGCGAGCGCAGGCGCAUGCGCAAGCGUCUGGAGGCUGCGAAGAGAACCGCCGAGGCGGUGGCGAGGGGCGAGACCCCGCGGGACUUGAUCCGCGCGGUGCGGGUCCUGGAGAAGGCUGCGGAGAACCCGGGCGAGUUCGGCGGCCCCGCGAGCGGCGGCGGCGUCGUCGGCGAGGGCACCGGGACGCUCGCGGCGAGGACGCGCACGAUAAUCAAAGCCGCCGGUCUCGACGAGGAGAGCGUCGGCGGGUACGACUCCGGCGCGGGAUCGUUCAUCGAGGAGGGCGGCGGCGACGACCGGUACGUCAUCGCCCGCGCGAGGCUGAGGGAGGCGGCGGAGGCGAUCGCGGCGGGGCGGGUUCCGGGCGUGGACCUGCGGGAUCUCAUAGGGGAGACGGCCGCGCCGGCGGAGGAGGCCGGGGACGAGGCCGAGGCCGAGGCUAACCAACCGUGA